AUGAAUAUGGCCCGUUGCAUGAUAUUUGCGUCAGGAUUGCCACUCAAUUUCUGGGGUGACGCGGUUGAAUAUGCUGCUUAUAUUUUGAACCGGGCCCCUACAAAUUCGAAUGCUGAGCGAAUGUCACCGAUGAAGGUGCUGACGGACCAGACCCCGUCGCUAGGUGAAAUUGUCGUUUUUGGAUCACCAUGUACAGUGUACAGAGAUCCUAAGAAGAAGAAUUUUGCUCCUAGAGGACAAAAAGGGAUUAUCAUUGGCAUUGGUGAAGAAACCAAAGGGUAUCGUGUAUACCUGCCGAAGGAUAAAGUGGUUGUUAUCUCGCAGCAUGUUCAAAAUAUUGAGACACUGAACAAGACCCAGAACAAGCAAGUUCAAGAAUUGUAUCUGCAGAAUCCUACUAGUCUGGAAGAUAAUGACUCCGCGCGAGAUCAAGUUCAGGAGGAGGGAGGUAAUACCAGAUAUCAAGAUCUGGAGGAGGCGACGAGUCGUAAGGACCAGACACAGAAUAUGGAGAAAAGGACUCCGUGGACAAGAAAGAAGAAGGUUGUGACAAGAUCGGCGAGCAAGAAUAAACGCUCAAGCCAGGGACAAAGAACUGAGAGUUCAGCCAUGGAUACUGACGUUGUCAAUGUUGUCACAACAUCUGACCCGAGAAACUUUGGUGAAGCUAUGCGUAGCAGUCACAAGGAAGGAUGGAUGAAGGCAAUUUCUGAAGAAUUGCAAGCCUUGGAAAACAAUGGAGUUUGGAGUAUUGUGAAGGCUCCAAAAGAUAUUCGAGCACUUCACUCGAAGUGGGUUUUUAAGACGAAGCGUGACGCAGAAGGUGGCAUCGAGAGAUUGAAGGCGAGAUUGCGUGAAGAUGAUUUCGCACUGGCAAGAAAGUGGAAGGUGCCUGCGAAGCAUGGAGAUGUUCCAAAUGCUUACGUUAAAGCAGACAAGGAAGAUAAUCUCGAUUUCUACAUCCACGUACCACAGGGCAUGCAGAUUGCAGAGGACUUAAAGAAGAAGAUCGGUGUUUCACAGAACAACGAGAUUGUUUUGGAGCUGAAGAAGGCACUAUAUGGAUUAAAACAAGCAGGAAGACUAUGGAGUAAAUUGCUACACCAGAAAUUGGUUGAUAUUGGUUUUAAACAAAGUCUCACGGACAUGUGUGUCUACUUUAAUUAG